AUGUGUACGCAAAUAUGCCGCCCCCCACGGGAAAAAGCCCAGCUCCGCGAGGCCGCAGAUUUGUGUGACGUCGGCGUGAAGGGGUUAAUAGAUGAAUGUCGGAUUAUUUAUAUUGUAAUAGUUUUUGUGCAAAAUAUAAUCCUCUUCUCUAUAUCUCAGAAAUCUGAGGAUGUGCGCUGCAAAUGUAUCUGUCCUCCCUACAAAGACAAACCCGGGAAAAUCUACAACACCAACAUGACGCAGAAAGACUGUGAUUGUCUCCAUGUGGUCACCCCCAUGCCGGUCCCCGGUGCCGACGUGGAAGCGUACUGCCUGCGCUGUGAGUGCAAAUACGAAGAGCGGAGCUCCAUCACCAUCAAGGUGACGAUUAUCAUCUACCUGUCCAUCCUGGGCCUCCUCCUCCUCUACAUGGUGUACCUGACCCUGGUGGAGCCCAUGCUGAAGAGGCGUCUGUUCGGCCAUUCUCAGCUCAUACAGAACGAUGACGACGUCGGGGACCACCAGCCUUUCGCCAACGCCCACGACGUCCUCGCGCGAUCCAGAAGCCGCGCCAACGUAUUAAAUAAAGUGGAAUACGCCCAGCAGCGCUGGAAGCUGCAAGUGCAAGAACAGCGCAAGUCCGUGUUCGACCGCCACGUAGUCCUGAGCUAA